AUUAGGAUGUAUUAGACUCUAUUCUUAGAAAGUGGCUCUCCGAGUUCGAAAGGGGAAAAUUCUCCUUUUCUGGUAAUAGUCCUAUUUAUAUACCGUGGACCGCCCAAGACUUAGAAGAGGCUAUUCAAGCAUGGGAGACUCUUUUAAACGUUAUCGAGGCAAAUAUGCCUGGCUAUACCGUCGAGUCCCGCCGUGAAAACCCCUUACCGACGAAUAUCCUCGACCAGUAUACGCUGAGUCCAUUCACUAAAGCAUUCCUUUCGCGGGCACGAUUACCUUCAUUCAAAUAUGUUGCUCCAGGGGUAACCCAUUUCACUCUGGACUUUUUCUAUGCCGUUUAUUCCUCCGAGCUACGCGAUUCUCCACGAUUGCCCCCGCACGAGGAUCCAGACUUGAAUGAAGUUGCGACGCUGAUUCCCCCAGCCGAAUGCUCUAUACCUUAUCCCGCGGGUCCUGACUCCGCUGAUAGCGAGGGAUUUGCGAGGUUUACGGUUGCUCGUCGAGCUGGUCUUUAUACGACCCCGGACGCAUACUGCGCUGAUGGUGUCAAGCUGGUCGACUCUGUUGGUAGUAGCCGAGAGAUCCUACGUUAUCGACCACCACACUGCCCCUGGGGGCCGAAUCGUUAUCCUCGGCUUGCAGAUAUUCUUCAAAAGUGGGCGGAGCUUGUCCAGAAUAAAGUCUGGGUGGUUGAUCACGAUGGGGUGAAGACGAGCAUCGAUUGGUUUCUGGAAAACGAUGUUACGCUAGAAUGGUCUUUGUAAGAGUCUAUAAAAUGGGAAUGUCAAUUUCAGAUUUUAUUCAAGCCUCUAGCCUUGUCGGAGCCGUAGCAGAAGAGGAUACUAAACCUAAUUCCAGUUGUAUUGUUACGGCACGGUAGCUGGAUGCACACAACAUACGCGUAGCCAAAGAUAUUCUAGAUUGAGAUGAAGAGUAAAGGUAUCUGUGACAGAGGAAUUGUCGCAUUAAUGCGGGGAUGAUGAUUAAGCACGAUUGCUGCUUAAGCUCAGUUACUGUAGAGUCAUAACGCAAAUUGGUA